AUGAACAAGAAGACGAUAUUGCCGCCAGCAGUCGCUCUGCUUGCCCUCUCCGUGCUCCUGUUGCAGGAGUAUUGGCCGCGCCCGGGGGUUGAUUCCGUGGGUGGGGCAAGCACGGCAGACGCCCCCCAGCAGGUGCACAUGUUUGUCUGCGCAGACAACGGGACUUACUCUGGGCAACACGAACUAUACUACAUUCGCAACGCUAUGGUAGACGUUUAUGCCGUUGCCAUUGACGACUGUCAAAGCGGUUACUUUGGGUAUCUUGUGAAGAGCAGUGGCGAGCGAAUUCCGUCUUUGGUAGUGACCACCGGUAUAUACGCUGUGAGUGCCGCUGCAUGCGCCGUGAGCUUCAUGCAGGACACGCGUUACGUGCCUGUGUCGAUCGUUUAUCUUGGCACCGCAGGGAUAUCGCCAACUGUCGGUGGGUGGAACCCCCGCGCAAGGGGUGGAUGCGGCGUGCUUCAAUCACCACAGAAGAAUUUCCUUGGGAGCGUCUGUGUCACCGACGGUGCACUCCUGCAGGAGUGUGGCAUCUGUGUGGAAGGGAAAAUCACAACGGAGUGCUCCCGCCCAAAUUGUAUAAUGCACAACUCCUCCUCCCACUUUGGGAAGUGCGCCUACCGUCAUCCAACAACGCUGGCGACGGCGAUGCGGAAGGCGAUGGACGGCAAGAAAUUCCCGGAUCCACCGGAGAUGGUGCAGCAGGGCGUGACUUCCUUCUGGGAUUCCCACCAGGCAGUGGAAGACCCCACACCGCCAACGCAACCGCGUCUGUUAGACUGUGUAGAGACGAGCACAAGUCANGAUUCCCACCAGGCAGUGGAAGACCCCACACCGCCAACGCAACCGCGUCUGUUAGACUGUGUAGAGACGAGCACAAGUCAGAUUCUCGCUGGUGGUCGCAGCGACUUGCUUUGCCGGGAGUACAGCCACGCGCUGCUCCCCGAGAUUCCUUUUGAAGAGCACACGUGCGUGCAGGCAAUGGAGGGUUUCGGAUUUCUACACGUGAUGUCCCGCUUUCCAGCUGUGCCUAUCGCGAUUGUGCGCGCUGGGUCCAACUACGACAUGUACCCCAUGUCAGUCGCUGGUGUGGCGGCGGACGGAACCCCAUUAUGGGAGCAGAACGAGUCAUUCAUGCCAGAAUCGGACUACGAUCUUUACACACGGGCGUCGUACCGGUACGCGGUCCUGACAUCGAGCACAGUGGUGCUGAACUACUACACAGGCAAGCCAAUAGUUGGCGUGGAUUAA